AUGAAGCAUCUGCCCAAUAACUUCUCCAUUGAAAAUAUCCUUUCGAAACCAGAUAAGUUGAGUAAUGUUGAUGUGCCGAGUGAUCGUGUCCGAUAUAAUGAUAAUUGUGUUAAUGAUAAAGAUGGUGAAAUGUUUGCUGAUGGAAAAAGAUUCAAUAGUGAUGCAGAAAGUGAUGAAAAGAAACACAGUGAUCAGUUUUUUGUUGACGAUAUGAUAGAUGGUUGUAGUGAAACAACAUCGGAUGAUUGUGGUCAUGGUGGCGACGAUCGCAAAAAAAGACCAAGAACAGCAUUUUCAGCUUCUCAGAUAAAAGCUCUGGAAACUGAAUUUGAACGAGGGAAAUAUUUAUCAGUUGCAAAGAGAACGGCACUAGCUAAGCAAUUACAUCUAACCGAAACACAAAUUAAAAUAUGGUUCCAAAAUCGUCGUACAAAAUGGAAGAGAAAAUACACAGCUGAUGUGGAAUCACUAGCGUCACAAUACUAUGCCCAACUAGGAAUCGGAGGAUUAGCCAGACCAAUGGUAGUAGGUGAUCGCCUAUGGCUAUUUAGUCAAACGCCAAGCGGACCGACCCCUAUUCAGUCGAUACUUCUCAAUGGCUCACAACAUCUUGGAAUGCCCCCAGUUCAGAGUCCUAUGCGACCAUUCCCUCAAACUGCACCACUACCCCCUACUCAUAACGCUAUCAUUGAAAAUGCUCGGAACGCUCUCCUGACAAGGAGUCAACCCUUGAACUUUGGCAUGAAUUUCGAACAUAAUCCUUUGCAGAAGGGGCUUACACCUCCCAAUUAUCACCUACCCAGAGUACCACAAAUGAUUAAAUCAUAUGACGCACUAUUGACUGCAAAAGCUCCCUCCACGGAUUUUAGUCCAAUAAAUAAUGGUUGCAAUUACAAUGUCCGAAACCUGAACCUGACUGCAAAGUUCAAUGACGCAGUUGAUUAUCAACAAUAUAAAUACAGCUCGAAUAAUGCAUUUAUUAUACCGAGUACUUCCGGAGUGGGUGGGGAUAAUGGAAGCAGUGGACUGGCCGAGCUGGAAAGGGUUUUCGGGAACCCAAAUCAGACGUAUCUUCAACAUCAAAGCAGAAAUGGAGGGAAGAGCCCAACAAGCCCAUGCCUGAAUAGUUCAAAUAUGCAUCACGACGAACAAAGUGACUCCAGCGAUAUUGACUGUGAGCAAGUUGAUGAAGAUGAUAUCUAGAUUCAAGAUAAAUUUGUGAAUAAUAGUUACCUUAAUUUAAGCUUAAUUUGACUUAGUCACAUUGUACAUUUCGAUCUCGGUAUUUUCAUGUUGUGGUAAUCUCAUUA